CUACAAUCCUUCGACUUCCCUAAACUCUUUCUUGCUUCAUGUUUGGAAUUUGCAGCGACACCGCCCUUGAUCAACAGCUUGCAAUCUUCGGGGGUCGGUCACGAUUGUUUGUCUCGGCGCUCAAGGCCUUUUCGGAGGGCCCAUUGUUUGAUCUCCGCCCUGGCCCCCCUGUUCAUCUUUGCCAUUUGCCCCAUGGCCAGCCGUCUUGUUGGUCAGCCAGCACGGGUGGCGUGGUGCUGGCGUUCUCAUUUCAACGCUUACCGUCAUCGGCCCUGUCAGGGAAACCCUCUUGUCGUAUCCACUGCGUUGCAAUCAGCCAAUACGUAUUGAAGUUCCUUUCCAUGUUCCUUCAGGCUUCAGUCUACAUGGCCCUGCAUAGAUCAUUGGGAACCGUCUCCCUUCGAUAACCUUCUUCAAAUCAUGGGCCGCCGAUGAGGCCUCCUGAUAUACUAGCAUUUUCAUAAGCACGAAGAUCUUUUCGGUCUCGGUUAUGACGACGCCUCAAGAGCUGGGAAACAAGAGGCUGGCAUCCUUUAUCAACGUCCAAACCCUCCGGCACCGAGAUCAGCGUGCGCUUGGCUGCGUUGGCAAUCCCGGAGCGUCUUGUUGAUCAUUUCUCACGCAAUUUUCCAGACACUGCAGAUCAGACGGGCCCCCAACAUUCUCGCAGGCGCAAUAGCACAAGCACCAGCCGCCAUCCCUGCCCACCAAGCCAAACUCGUGACUCUGAGUCUGACUCUCAUUUGUACCACUUCUGGCAAAGGACGACCGACAAGAGGGCUACAGCAACAACCUGAGACGGACCCAUCUUUGACAGACUCGGUGCCUGAUCCUCCCCCUACCGUACGUGUACAACACGCCAACCUUUGACAUUUCUACGCCAAAUAUCUAUCCGCUUUUCAUCUAUGUCAACUUUGCGAACUCUCCUCUUUAACCGACAUUAAUCAACACAACAUCGCCCCUCUCUCUGGCUCACCGCAACAAACAAUUCGACGUCACUCGGAGUCCACCUAGAGAAUUGACAACUUGGUGACAAUCAUAUUGCCAACAUCCCUCGUGGGCAUUGUCCCUACAUAUUGGACCCUUUGAUCCGAGUUCCGAACUUUACGACCAGUGCCAACCCACUUUGCGGGCAUAAGACUCCUUCAUAAAGAGUCGGUCGCAUCUAUACUACGCCUGCCGCAUGCACACAACAGUUGGCGGUCAUUAGAGACGUCGCAGAGAUCCCCAGAAACACGGCCUGCGACGUUUCGAUUCUUCAAUUUACAUUCAUCCUGCUCACUCAAUGGGGUACAUGAUGAACCGUGAUACAUAUUCCGGGCGUUACACGCCAACCUCGCCGUUGUCUCCAAGACUCCACGCCAGCCAGCAACCACUCUCGCCUCAGCCGACCCGCAGUCGACCAGCAACACAUGGCCGGCAAGCCUCCAGGAACAUGCACAUGACGCUUCCUCGAUUCCAUCCUGCCAAUUUUGGCCAUCUCGACUCACCAGCCACACCGUCUUCUACCAUACAGAGCCCAGCGAUCACCUUGAAUCGGGUAACGCAGCCCGUCGUGCUCGAGUCACCGAGACUGAUGCGUGAAAAGCAACGCGAAUUUAUUGAAAGGACCACGUUGUCGGCCAAGAUAGCAGCCUCUUCAAUGGGCACCAAACCUGGUGCACCACGGUUGGAUCCCUUGGGCAGCCCCAAGGGUCCCGUCACGCCUCUGGCUCUCGAGGAAGGUGAUGACUACUUCCAAGUUGCUGGAGCAGGCAAAGUAUCACCAGCAGGGAGCCCAGGUCCGGGAAGAAGUCCGCGCAGUGAUGUCUCGUCGGACAAAGAGGAGUUGAAGCAGAACAAGAAAAUCAGACAAGCCGAUGUCUAUCAAUGACGGCGGCAAUACUUUUCGGGUUGAGCAGAAAUAUCAUUCACAGGCCGAGACCUGGUUUGUCUGCCGUUGACUUUCUUUGGGUUUUCCUUUGUUGUUAGCAUAUUGAAACUCGACGAGAUUGACCCUGUGUCAAGGCACCACCUGGGACACGGAUUGCAUCAGGUAUCAGGUCAGAUUCUAGCAUUGGCGUUGGGAAGUCCGCAGAUUCAACCGCCGAAGUUGCCUGGAGCAAUGUUGGUUUUACCAUUAGGGACUGACUGGGCUAUUCUCUGCAUAGCGAGUGCGCAGGUCACUUCUGAGCAUUAUAACGAUAGGCAUGAAAAAAGAGGUUGGUCUAUAUUGCAUAGCCAUGGGGCAUAGAUAGACCACACGGAUAAAGAGGACAUUGAUGAAUCCAAGCCAAUGCCGUUUGAA